AUGAUUUGGUUUUGUUUUAAUGCCGAGGGGGACCGGCCCCGUUGGGCCGGCCGGGAACCCAUGCGUAUCCGCACAUUCGGGGUCGAGUGGGAUAACCGUUAUCCUCAAUGGGCCGAGGAUCUUCCGACCACGCUGGACGUCGAUAGGUCAACUGUGGAUUACCAGCGGGCCCUUGCUCGCGUCAAGGAGUAUCUCUCUUUACCAGAGUAUGGAGUAAAGGUGCAAUGGUCGUACAAUACAACACGCGAAAUCCCCGCAGACUGGGAGACAACAUUAUCCUUGCGUGAAGUUGUGAAUAUCAAAUACAGUCGCAUGUUUCGGUUCCAGCACUCCGAGCCUGGCACCACCUAUUCCUACGAAGACUGGAAGGCAGGACGAACGGCCCGAGCAAUCGUCGGUCGUGAGGAUUACGACAACGUUGAUUGCUUCACGGAACUCUGGCAGAACCGCGAGGAAAUCAUGGAUCCAAUGGUCCAUAAUGAGAUGGUCAGAGCAAAAGACGAGAUCGAUCAUCAGUUCCAGACUGUGAAACUCCAGGACGAGUUCCGCGAAAAGGGGCUACAGAUUAUCGUUAAGCUGGGGGGCAUUGAGCUCACUCCUGAUAAUCCUUUCUUCUUGGGGGAGGAUUGGCACGCGGACGGUCUGCUGAAUGAGCAUAUCGCGGGGGUAGCAAUGUAUUGCUUCGAUCUUGAAAACGUGACAAAUACCCGCAUCUCCUUCGCUCAACAGAUUUCCAUGCCUGGUGCGAAGUUCUCAUUCGAUUGGGGUGAGUGGGACGUUCCCUACCUGGAAGAAUUGUUCGGUGUUCAGAAUGGGGGACCAGCGUUUCAAGAACUCGGGUCUGUGUCUAUACGUCAAGGGGGUCUGAUCACUUUUCCCAACUGCCUACGCCACCGCCUUGAGUCAUUUGAAUUGGUGGACAAAGCUCGACCUGGACGCUGUCGCUUUUUGACCCUGUGGCUCGUUGAUCCUUACUACCGCAUCUGCUCGACGCGAAAUGUGCCUCCACAGCGUCUCGAUUGGUGGGAACAGGAAGCACGAUCCCAUCUAUUAUCAGCCCAUCCACUUCCCCAAGAAUUGGCGGAUCAGAUCAUUGCUGAGACUGGUCCGUGGCUUAUGAACUUAUCAGAGGCUCAGCGCCACCGGCGUGAACGAGCCAAGGACGAGACAGUAGCUCGUGAGAAGGACACAAAGCAGAUUGAGCGUAACACUAUAUGCCUUGUGAAGCGAUGAUGCUACCUGGACUACAAUAGCCAAUAAUGAGACAUCAUGAAUAGAAGGAUUGGGAGCCUGUGGCACACAUGUGGUCCUUUCCAUUUGGAAUUUAGUGAGAAACGUCACUGACUUGCGCAGAGUAUAGUCACCUGCUGUGGCACUGAGGCUGAAAGAUCCGAUAAUCUCAGUUCAAGGACACAAACAGUACCUAUCAGAGUCAGACUUAAGAAGGCUUCCCAUUCCCGAU